CCAUUUAAGCCUGUGACUGUUCACAGGGCUCUGCUAAAGGGUGAAAUGAUUGAUAUUUUCAGGGAUCCAAGUGUACUAGAAUAUGAAGUUGAUUUUACUAUCAUUGGACACACUGGCAUAGAAGAGGAAGGAAAAGGGUCAGGGGUACUUAAAGAGGUUUUAACAAGCUUUUGGCAUGAAUGAUUCAGUAGUUUGACUGUUGGUGCAUUACAAAAAGUUCCUAGUGUCAGGCAUGAUUACCAGAAAGGGGAGUGGGAGGCAAUUGGCCGAUUAAUUGUGUAUGGCUAUUCAUUUGCCAAGUAUUUCCCCAUUGCCCUGUCCCCAGCUUUUGUUGCAAGUGUGUUUUUUGGGGAGGAAAGUUUAACACCUGAGUUUUUAAUUGAAUCUUUUUAGUCUUACGUGUCUCAAGAUGAGAGUAAGGUUUUAGAAAAGGCUCUUGGAAAUGACUUUGACCCCAAAGAUGAAGAUCUGCUAGAUUUGCUAAGUAACUUUAAUUGUUACAAAAGUCCUGCCAAAACCAACAUUUUCAACAUAGUACAUGAGCUUGCACAUCAAGAAUUGGUACAGAAGCCUCGAUAUAUUGUUGAUUGUCUUGCCCCAAUAAUAAAUAGAAUGAGGGUCUACACACCAUUCCAAACUAUGGAAGAUCUGCAAAAACUUUACAAUGAAAAGAAGCCUAUCGCCAAAAGGGUAAUUAAUUUGCUGUCAGCAAAUCCGACACCAGGGGCUGAGCAAAACAGUUUGGAGCAUUUUAAAAGGUUUGUGAAGAGCCUUAAUGGAAAUGAUCUUGGGGGCCUUUUACAGUUUUUGACAGGGAGUAACAUUAUUUUGUCUGAAACAGUUACUGUUACCUUUACAACUCUAGAAGGCAAAUCUCGUCGGCCUAUUGUCCACACCUGUGGACCAUCACUAGAGUUACCUUCAACAUACCAGUGUUAUAAUGAACUUGCUGAAGAGUUCACAGCAAUUCUCAAUGCCAAGGAUUCCUGGUCAUUUAAUAUUAUUUAA